AUGUAUAAAAGGAAUGACCUCAUGGCCAGUGUGAUGGUCACAUCUGCCACUCCAGAGGGUAGUAGCAGCUCAGAUUCUCUGGAAGGACGAACUUCAGAUUAUGCCAAUAAAAGCUACGAUGCAGUUGUGUUUGACGUUUUGAAAGUAACUCCUGAGGAGUUUGCUAGCCAGAUUACAUUGAUGGAUAUGCCAGUAUUUAGAGCUAUACAGCCUGAGGAACUAGCCAGCUGUGGAUGGAAUAAGAAAGAAAAACAUAUCCUUGCUCCGAAUAUUGUUGCCUUUACUAGGAGGUUUAACCAGGUCAGUUUUUGGGUUGUACGAGAAAUAUUAACAGCACAGACCUUAAAAAUAAGAGCAGAAAUAUUGAGUCAUUUUGUGAAAAUAGCUAAAAAGCUUCUAGAACUGAAUAACCUUCAUUCACUUAUGUCUGUGGUGUCAGCGCUGCAAAGUGCACCUAUCUUCAGACUGACCAAAACCUGGGCUCUUUUGAAUCGCAAAGACAAGACCACUUUUGAGAAGUUGGACUAUUUACUGUCUAAGGAAGAUAAUUAUAAAAGGAUACGAGAGUACAUCAGAAGCUUAAAAAUGGUUCCUACUAUUCCGUACUUAGAUACCUCAUAA